GUCCAAUCGUGCACGACCAGCUGCGUUAGCUUCCCCUCUGCGUGCGGGAAGAACAUGGCGGAUCGGCUCACGCAGCUGCAAGACGCGGUGAACUCGCUUGCAGAUCAGUUUUGUAAUGCCAUUGGAGUGCUGCAGCAAUGUGGUCCCCCUGCUUCUUUUAAUAAUAUUCAGACAGCGAUUAACAAAGACCAACCAGCCAACCCUACAGAAGAGUAUGCCCAGCUUUUUGCGGCACUGAUUGCACGAACAGCAAAAGACAUUGAUGUUUUGAUAGAUUCCUUACCCAGUGAAGAAUCUACAGCUGCUUUGCAGGCUGCUAGCUUAUAUAAGCUAGAAGAAGAAAACCAUGAAGCUGCCACUUGUCUGGAGGAUGUUGUUUAUCGAGGGGACAUGCUUCUGGAAAAGAUUCAAAGUGCUCUUGCUGAUAUUCUUGCAGAUCAGUUUUGUAAUGCCAUUGGAGUGCUGCAGCAAUGUGGUCCCCCUGCUUCUUUUAAUAAUAUUCAGACAGCGAUUAACAAAGACCAACCAGCCAACCCUACAGAAGAGUAUGCCCAGCUUUUUGCGGCACUGAUUGCACGAACAGCAAAAGACAUUGAUGUUUUGAUAGAUUCCUUACCCAGUGAAGAAUCUACAGCUGCUUUGCAGAACCAGGCUUUUCUUGAGACAGAACCUCAAACAGAACCCUCCUUGCAUAAUGGCCCUUGCAGCCUCCAUGGCCCAGCUCCAAGCAGAGGCCUGCUGCCCUACCUGCCUGGAUUGUCUGAGAGACCUAGUGACCACUGA